AGCUCUCAAGGUCGUGGUCUGGAUAUGUAUCAGCCAUUCCAGGCCUUCUGUCCACAGCCUUACCAAACGCCUGGCAGCAGUCAAUCGCUCAAGCAGCGGUUCUAUCAGCCUGGGCAAUUCCAACAAGCUAAUCUGUUCACCCCGACCGGCCAGCCUGUGCAGCCAGCUGGUUAUGCUAUGCAUCAGCAACAACAACAACACCUCUACACUCCAACGGUAUCGGUGGAAUCGGCUCCCCCUGAGAUCACUGAGGUCCGAGAGGAACAAGUUCGACAGUUGCCAACCAAGCAAAACGUUCGAGAGGAAAUUGAAGAGGAGAUCGUGGAAGUGUACGUCGACGUCCCGGAGGUCGAGUACGUGGAGGAGCUCAUCGAAGUGCCGCAAAUUCAAUAUGUCGAGAAGGUCGUGGAGGUCCCUCAAGUGCAAGUGGUUCAGAGGACGGUCGACAAGGUUGUCAACGUCGAUGUCCCUCGUAAAGUCGUCCAGGAACGUAUCACACACAGACCUGUCAAGCAGGUUGUUGAGGUCCCCAAGUAUGUGAGAGUCCCUCACAUUGUUGAGCAAAUUGUCGAGGUGCCUCAAGAGGUGGUACGUGAGGAAGUAAUUGAAGUUAAACGUCCUAUCACACGUGAGAAGGUCAUCCCCAGGAUGGUCGAGAAGGUCCAGAAGGUUCCAAGGUAUCUUCACGUGCCUCAAAUCGUGGAACAGGUGAUCGAGGUUCCGAGGGAAGAGAUCAUAGAGCAGAUCAACCACAUUCCGAAGAUUCAGGUGCAAGAAAGGGUAAUUCCGAAGUACGUCGAGCACAUUGAGAAGGUGCCGAUCUACCGUCAUAUCCCCAAGAUCAUGGAACAGAUCGUGGAGAUACCUGUCGAGCAGAUCGAGGAGGAGAUCAUUGAGGUUCCUCGUAUUACCACUGUCGAGCGCAUCAUCCCUAAGUCGGUCCACCAGACUGUUGAGGUGCCCAAGUACCGGCAUAUCCCCCAAAUCACUGAGGAGGUUAUUGAGCACCCUAUCGAACAGAUCGUGGAGCAGGUCAUUCACGUGCCCAAGACUGAAGUGGUGGAACGUGUUAUCCCCAAGUCGGUCGAGCAGGUCGUUGAGGUGCCUAGGGUCGUCUACGUGCCACAGAUUGUUGAGGAAAUCGUCGAGGUCGAGAGGCGUGUUCCCAAGAUUGAGGUCGAGGAGACUGUGCGUGAAGUGCCUGUGAUUCACACGCAGGAACGCGUGAUUGAGAUACCCAAGGUUCAUCGUAGGAUCAUCGAUGAUGUUGAACAACAGGACACGCAGGAUGUGGUGGUGAAGAAGAAGAGGGUGGUUGAGAAGGUCAUUGAGAGGAAGGUGCCGGUCAUUGAGAAGGUCCAGAAGCACGUCCCCAAAUACGAGGUUCGGGAGGUGGUCCGUGAGGUCCCGCGUGUGGAGUACCAAGAGAACAUCAUCGAGAACGUCAUUGAGGUGCCGGUCGACAGGCCUUAUGUUGAGUAUGUCGACAAGGUCAUUGACGUUCCUGAGGUGGAGUAUCACGAGAACGUUGUGGAGGUGCCUGAGGAGCAGGUGGUGUACAAGCACGUUCCUAAGGUCUACGAGACGGUCGUUCAGCGUACGGUUGAAGUGCCCGAGAUCCACGAGAUCGAGAGAGAGGUUGAGGUCCCACAGGUUAGGUAUGAGGAGGAGAUUAUCGAAGUGCCUGUACCACAGACUGUCCAGAAGAUCGUCGAGGUCCCGGUUACCAAGACUGUACAGGUCGACGUUGAGGUGCCCGAGAUCCAAGUGGUGGAGCGUGAGGUCGAGGUGCCUGUUGUGAAGCGUGUGGAGGAGGUCAUCGACGUCGAGGUCCCUCAGACUGUGCAGAAGUACGUGAACGUUCCUGUGCACAAGAAGGUCCAGAAGUACGUGGAUGUUCCCCAAGUGCAGUAUGUCGACCGAGAAGUCGAAGUCCCGGUGAUCCAGCAGGUCGAGAAGAUCAUCGACGUUCAUGUACCGCAAGUCGUCCAGAAGCACGUCCAAGUGCCGGUGACGAGGACCGUGCAGAAGGUGGUUGAAGUCCCCGAGGUGCAGUACGUCGACAAGGAGGUCGAAGUGGUGGUCCCUCGUUAUGUGGAGAAGAUCAAUGAAGUCCCGGUCCCUCAAGUGGUGCGGAAGUAUGUCGAUAAGAUCAUCGAGGAGACUCAAGUCCAGCGCGUUGAACGUGUUGUAGAGGUGCCUCAAGUACAGACUGUUGACCGCUAUGUCGAAGUGAAUCAGACUGAAGUGGUGGCUGGUGAGAGUAAGAAGCGCAAUAAGCAGCUUGAAACUAUCUACUUGGACGGAGGGGUCGAGCGAGUGCAAGUACGGGAGAAUCUCAAUCCCAACAUGUUUGGUGGAGAUCUCUCACAUUCAGCUCAAACAGUCCUCGCCCCACCCAUGGGAGGAGCAGGCGGGCCGAUGUCUCGGUCUCAGCACUCUGCUACUCCGGUGGCUAAUUUAGACUACGGCAUGGGCAUGCAAAAUCUGGCAUAAUUCUUACUGGUAUUGUUUAUCAUCUCAUGAUCAUCUCAUUCAGUAAGAAUAAGGUUACACUAU